GCUAACCCAGAGGUCUCAGCCAAUCAGAGGCAGCGAUGACGCUCCGCGUGAGAGGAGGAGGGCCUAGACUGGUUACCUAGUAACCAGUCAAACGCUGUGUUAAUAGGAUGGCAAUGCGGAAGGACUUGACACCUAAAGCUAGCAACAAGUUGGUGAUCAAUUCAGUUGCCUUCCAAGACCACAUCACACGCACCCUGCUGCAUCCAAACUUUUCACUGUCUGACCCUUUGAGAUGCAGAAGAAAAGCACAGAGAAAUCCACAAGCAAGAGGAAGAGGGGAAGAAAGGGGUCUGCACAGACAAGAUCGGCAAGAAGGGAGAGAAUAUGUGCUUGAUUCUGCUCCACCUCCUUUAACAUUAGCUCAGAAGUUGGGUUUGGUGGCCUCCCCUGCAGGGAGACUGAGAGAGGACGAAUGGACUCGGGUUAAAGCGAGGUCUGUUCAGCAGGGGGAAUCAGCUCAGCCCUGUGCAAUAUGCAGGGAGGAGUUUUGCCUUAAGCCUCAGGUGUUGCUGUCUUGUUCUCAUGUUUUCCACAGAGCAUGUUUGCAGGCCUUUGAGAGGUUUUCUGGGAGGAAGUGCUGCCCGAUGUGCAGAAAGGAGCAGUAUGAAACACGGGUGAUCCACGAUGCAGCUCGCCUCUUCAGACACCAGUGUGCCACCAGAAUUCAAGCAUGCUGGCGAGGCUAUGUUGCUCGAAAAAGGUACAGAAAAUUGAGAAAAUCCAUCUGCCCAAAAGACAAACAGCUGCGACGCGAAUUCUUCGAAGCAAAGUUGCAGGAGUUGAAUGACAGCUUUGUCCGAUACUGUCACACCGACACGGAGGCUUUUCUGAGUGAUAUCAACCGCUCGCUGUCAUCAAGCAGACGAGUGUUCCAGCAGCUGGAGAGAAAGAACGUCUCAGAACCUCAGGAGAACGACUGGGACCGAAUACAGAGCCAGGUUAUCCAGAGAGGUGUCUGGGACUGCCCCAUCUGCCUGACUGGACUGUGCAGGCCAAACCUCCCAACAGAAGCAGGUACAUCGAACCAUCGACAACACAGACGCACCGUGCUUCUGUCCUGUUCCCACCUCUUCCAUCAGCUCUGUCUAGAGGCCUUUGAAGCCUAUACAACAGAGAGCAGGCCUUCCUGUCCCCUGUGUAGAUCUGUCUACCACAAAAAACUCAUCUAACCAGGUACAAAUUUAUGCAAGAUGCCAUUUUAGAUCAUCUCAUACAGUAAUAUUUGUAACCUCAUGAACCCUUUAGAAUGAUUACAAUGUUGUACAGUGAAUGACAAGAUUGAAGAAAUAGUUUCAGCAUUUUGGGAAAUACGUUUAUUCACUUUCUUGCUGAGAGUUAGAUGAGAAUCAUUGCCCCUCAUGUCUGUGCAUUAAAUAUGAUGCUGGAUUACCUUAGUUUAGCAUAAAGAUGGGAAGCAGGGGGAAACUGCUAGCUUAGCUCUCUCUAAAGUUCUUAAGCUCACUAAUUGAAUAACACAUUGUAUUUCAUUUGUUUAACCUGUACAUAAAAAGAUAUGUGAAUGACAGUUUUUGGUUUUAUGGGGAGUUACGUGCUGUAACUAUUUCCUGGCAAACAGCGGCCAAGAGCAGUAACUUCCUGCAGUCUUGUCACCAGGAGAUUGUAAGGCAACAAGCGGAGACUCUGGGAAGUCACUGCCCUUAGUUGCCGAGAAAUAGUUACAGCAUGUUAAUUCUCUGUAAAAUGACAAACUGUUCAUUGUACAUUAUUGUUUGUGUGGAUUAAACAAGCAAGAUACGUGUAGGUGGAUUUUUGAACUUUAAACAGAGCCAGACAGCUGUUUCCCCCCCGCUUCCAGUCUUUAUGCUAAGCUAAGCUAAUUGGGUCCUGGCUCUAGCGCAAUACUUGGUGCAGUCAUGAGUGGUAUCAAUCCUAACUCUUGUCAAGAAAUCGAAUAAGCGUAUUUCCCAAAAUGCCAAACUAUCAGUGAAUCAAUAUUAAUGUCCAGGAUGUCACAAUGAUGAAUGAAAAUGUUCACAAAG